AUGGACACCGACUCAAGAGGCUCUGUUGCAUCAAUAACUAGAGACAGUCUCUUAUCUUUCGAUGUCCUCAUAUCCACUCUGGGAAGCGCAUCCUAUCUUCAUAACCAAUGUAUCUCAAAGAAAGCUCUCUCCAAUCAGCGGGACCGACUCAAAAUCUGGGCGAGCAACACAGGAGCCCUUCAAAGUGGCAAUGCAGCUCUUGACGCCCGGCUUCGGGGCUUUACGGUGAUGAAAGUGGCGAUUACCGAGUGCUUUGAGCAGCUGGAACAGGUGAUCUCCAGCAAUAUGGAUAUCCUACAAGGACAGCGAUUGCCUGUGGAACAGACGCUUGCUGAGUACCAAGAAUUAUGGGAUAGUGCGUCUGAUGACAGUUCCGACAACGAAGACAAAAUGAAUCAAAAGACUGAAUUGGGUCGGAAUCUAGUGGAGAUGGCUUCCAUUAUUUCUGAUCUUUUCAAGCUAUCUUUCAAACUGAGAAACCCUGCUGCCAGAUUAAUGGGGCCGCAGCUGUUGAGGGCGCUAUCUCAUAGACAGAUGGUAAGUCUGGACGAGGCUGAUGAGAGUGCUGUAGUAGAUUUGUUCAGUCUGUAUACCAAGUUUGAUCGAGCCCACGUGGAAGAAACCUUUACACAAUGGCGACUUGAAUCCUGGCGCCAGAAGGCUUUGCAGUUUCCUAUCAUUCCUGACGAAGGUAGGAUCAGUCUUGCUAAGACAGAAGUGUUGGUGAUAAAUCGACAUCUCAUGGAGAGGUGGGCUAAAUUUAUCACGAAUCGCCGCCGUGUAUUUUCAUACUGGGAAAGACAUUCGAAGAAGUUGGCACUGAGACAGAGUGAGUUGGUUUUCAAAUCGCCUUCCAUUCCAACUCAUCAAUCAUCAAAAUGCAGUCCUAGUCAACAGCUCACACAAACACUGGAGCUUGACCAGCCAGCGCCAACUCUGCCUGUAGCGGAAACCAUGGUGCUGUCUGAGACUGAGUUCACUUUGGCGAGUCGACUUGUGGAUACUGUAAGCAACAAUAGCUCGGCAGUGUCUCGCAUUUCGACCGCAUACAACAUCGACGAGACUGCAUCCAACCUCCCACCUGCUCCUAGUCUGGCCCCUGGUGAAAUGGAGGCUCGAUGUCCCUAUUGUCAUCUCGUCUGCCCUGCUAAGGAAUUUCAACACAGCCGCUGGAGAAAACAUAUAAUACAAGAUCUCCAACCAUACAUGUGUACUCGGAAUGACUGCCCAGAUCCAAACAUCAUGUAUGGGACUCGCUCUGCGUGGUUGAGCCAUGAAGCCCAGAUCCACCGGAAGGUUUUUCGUUGCUUUGAGCACCCGGAGAAUUUCUCGUCACGAGAGUCUCUCGAACAUCACUUCACGUCGCUGCAUCAAGAACUCGGGAGGGGCCAAAUUGAAGCAAUGCUAGAUUUGGGGCAGGCCAGUCAUCAAGAAGAAAGAGUCUCCUGUCCUUUUUGCCUGUCGACUGGGCCCUUCUUCAGAGGCUUCUUUGAACAUAUGGCUUACCACCAAGAGAGGCUCGCAUGCUUUGCAGCUACCGGACAGUCGCUUAAUCGGGACGAUGGUCUUUACAGCGAUACAGACUCGGAUAAAGCCCAGAGAGACGAUGACCCAGAUGCUUUACAAUUGCUUGACUCUGAUAUUUCUUCAUGGGGCUCCGGUUCAGGCAAAGGCUCGAAAUCAUUUCCAAUCAAGAAAAAUGAGGUUAUUGUAUCUCUCGGGAAAGAAAUACGUCAAGCAAUGGUACAGUCAGUCGGACCGGAUGAUGAUUCUGAUCCAGAGCCAUCCACAAGCUUAUUCUCGUCAAAGUACCUCCCGAUCGACCAAUUGAAUAGCAUUAUAAACUAUGACUCAAUCCUGAAUGAGCUGAGAGAAUUUGACUUAUUCAAAGAACCAGACUUGUCUAGGAUAGUCAUGGAAGUCCAAGGUGAUAUCGACUUCAAGAGGAAUGCCAAACUUGAUCCUGGUCCAACUGGCUCGACAACCAUUUGCGCGGCGUCCCCAACGCGGAAGAAGAUUUUUGCUAUUCUUGUUCUAAUGGGAAAAGCACCCACUAUCUCCGACAUUUGCGAUGAAGGUCUGUCGGAUGAUGACCUGCCGUUUCACUUGGACCCAAACGGUUUAAAGCUGGUCCGGAGAGCUGGGACAUCUUCACAGCCCAUUCAAGCAUUCAUCAACUGGAAGGAACACGAGUCCGACAUGUUUGAUUCCUACCAGUGGUACAUGUUAGCGCCGUACUUUGUCCUCGCUCACGAUGAUGAUCCGAGGGUUACUCAUUAUACAGUGAGCUAUAUGGUUCCGCUCCCGUUCAGUGUUACCGAAAGCGUCCAAAAUAGCGCCAUAAGUCCCGUGUGUGGAUACCUAGGCAUGCAGAAGAUCACAAUUCAUCACGCUCAUCAUAGCCAGGGAGUUCCCAAGCAAUCGAAUCAGAAUGUCUUUGCAGUGAAAACUUUCCGAGAUAUUAAAGCUAAAGAAUUCGAUUUGAGGUUUAAAUCUUUGCUCCGCCUGUCUCAGCAUCGUCAUCCUCACUUUUUGCAACUCCUUUUGGGCUUGACACAUGGCAGCACGAAAUCUUUUAUUUUCAGGUGGGCCGACUGUGACUUGGAGCAGUUCUGGGCCAACAAUCCCCCUGGCAAUGAUGCAGUUGACAUGGCUAGAUGGAUUUCGUCACAGCUUUUUGGUUUAGCUGAUGCCUUGCAACUAAUCCGAGACUUAUUCCCUUCAGGGGUACUGGCAGAGAAUGACCAUAGACUACAGCCACCACACAGAGAUCUUAGUCCAGGGCGUAUUCUAUGUUUUGAAACGAAAGGGAUUACUCAGGGUGUACUCAAGAUUGCAGACUUUGGGUCGAUGCAGUACCACGACGACCAAGCCUAUGAUCAACGAGGCUCUGAGAUAUGCACUGACUCGGCCUACCGCGCUCCAGAGCUUCUGACUGGUGGACUGGCUCCCAAUUCGGAUCUUUGGUCUUUCGGAUGCAUCAUCCUACACUUCAUAGUCUGGUAUCAUGGCGGCUGGGCACUGGUGAAUUCAUUGUCAGCGUCGAGCUCCGCAGAGGAAGAACAAGCUUCUGAUGAUAACAAAUUUUUCAAGUCUGGAAACUUGAAUAUCACCCGUCCAAGUCUAGAUCCCCGAGGCUUGACAGAAGGGGACACUGGCGGUGCAGUGAUAGGUCAGGACAAGGAUGUUCCUAAUAUUGUAGUGUUGAAAGAAUCUAUAAAACAGGUAUGUUUGAAUGCUCUUGAGCUAUUGAUAUCCUUCGCUUACAAGGACCAGGAAAUAUCAAAAUUUCUUGAUCAAGGUAAUAGCCAGUUUACUCGCGAUGUCAUUGGCCUAGUUAAGAGGAACCUUCUUCAAACAGAUGCCGGGAGCCGGGCAAGUUGUAAGGCUGUUCGAGAUUACUUGAAAGAACUGUAUAAAAAGUGCAUUGAAAGUGAUGCGUACUGUAUAGGGACACUUCCAGUUGAAGGAACAAAAGACAUCGCUGGUGGAGAUUAG